GCGGGGCGCGGGUUGCCAGGCCCCGCACUGCUUCGGAGUGAGGCUCGGCCUCUGGGGCCUGCUGGUGGCGGCGGCCUAGGGAGGCGCGGCGGCUGGUGGGCAGGUUCACUGAUGCUGAAGUACUAUGAGUUUUCAGAAUUUCUGGAGAGACUACAAAGUUCUGGUUGUUAUGGUACCUUUAAUUGGGCUCAUACAUUUGGGGUGGCACAGAAUCAAAAGCAGCACUGUUUUCCAAAUACCUAACAAGGACAACGUUCCUGAGCCAGAUAGUCUGGCACUUGCAAGUCCUCAAAAGAACCACCUCCAAGAGAAAUAGCAGGGUUGCAUUCUUCAGAAAGAAAGAGCUUUGAAUCUGAGCUUGAUAUUGAAAGAAGAAAUGAAAAAAACCAGUUGGAUUAGAAGGAACUGGCUUCUUGUAGCUGGAGUUUCUUUCAUAAGUGUCCAUCUUGGAACAUACUUUAUACAGAGGGCUGCAAAACAAUCUGUAAAGUCUCAGUCCGGAAGCAAACAAAAGAGUAUCAAAGAAUGAAGUAAAAUAAAAAUUUAUAACUACUAAUAUGUCAUUAAAUUAUUACAUGCUGAUUAGCUUCAUGUUUAUGAAGCUAUUUAAUUUCAUAACCACAAUGCUACAUAUUCAGACUUUCAUUCCUGAAGAAUACUUUUUAAAAUGUUAAAAUAAGUAGAAAACCGGUUAACAAAAUAAAAGCUGUCUUCACAAAUGACCACUUGAAGUAAGAUGUCUCGUUUAGAAGCUAAAAAGCCAUCACUGUGUAAAAGUGAACCACUGACAAGUGAGAGCGUCAGAGCCACCCUUUCUGUCUUGAAAGGAAUUGUGACAUCGUGCUAUGGCCCUUCAGGUAGGCUGAAGCAGCUGCACAAUGGCCUUGGAGGCUCUGUGUGCACAACCUCACAGUCGUCAGCCCUGCUCGCUAACCUUUCCGUCACCCACCCCAUUUUAAAGAUCCUGACAGUGUCUGUGCAGAACCAUGUGUCAUGCUUCAGUGACUGUGGCUUGUUCACAGCCAUUCUGUGCUGCAACCUGAUUGAAAGUGUCCAGAGACUAGGCUUAACCCCCACCACUGUCAUUAAACUAAAUAAGCAUCUGUUGAGCCUCUGCACGAGUUACCUCAAGUCUGAGGUCUGUGGUUGUCGAAUCCCAGUCGACUUUAGUAGUACUCAAAUCCUCCUUUGUUUGAUACGCAGUAUAUUAACAAGUAAACCUGCCUGUAUGCUCACCAGAGAGGAAGUAGACCACAUCAGUACCCUGAUUCUGAAAGCCUUUUUGCUAACUAUUCCAGAAUACACCAAAGGCCACAUCAUUUUAGGAAAGAGUAUAAUUGUACCUUUAAAAGGUCAAAGAGUUAUAGAUUCUACUGUGUUACCUGGAAUACUUAUUGAAAUACCAGAAGUUCAAAUGAUGAAGAUACUGCCUAUCAAAAAAUCGGAUUCCCUGAAGGUGGCACUCUUCCGUGCAUCUUUAUGUGGAGAUCUUUCUGACACUGGAAAAGGAACUGUGGUGGUCAAUGAUGGGCUUUCUCUUGAAAAUGCAGUUUUGGACCAGUUGCUUAGCCUAGGAAGGCAGCUAGUUAGUGAUCAUGUAGAUCUUGUCAUGUGCCAAAAAGUUAUUCACCCAGCUCUGAAACAGUUUCUUGGUAUGCAUCGUGUUAUUGCCAUAGACAGAGUUGGAGUGGCUCUGAUGGAACCCCUGAGUAAAGUGACAGGAACACAGCCUAUUGGUUCCAUCAGCUCAAUCUCUCCUAGUAGUUAUGGAAGUGUGAAAGAUUUGUGCACUGCAAAAUUUGGCUUCAAAUGGUUUAUUCAUCUUAUUCCUAACAAAGCAACUGUCUGCAGCUUGCUUCUCUGCAAUAGAAACGACACUGCCUGGGAUGAGUUGAAGCUCACAUGUCAAACAGCACUGCAUGUUUUGCAGUUAACAAUCAAGGAACCAUGUGUUUUGUUGGGAGGUGGCUGUACUGAAACUCACUUGGCAGCAUAUAUCAGACACAAGACUUUCAAUGAGCCAGAAAGCAUUCUCAAAGAUGGUGGAUGUACUCAAACAGAACUUCAACUAAUUUCUGAAGCAUUUUGCAGUGCGCUAGAAUCUCUCACUGGCUCUUUAGAACAUGAUGGAGGUGAAAUUCUCACUGACAUGAAGUAUGGACACUUUUGGUCAGUUCAGGCAGAUUCUCCCUCUGUUGUUAACUGGCCAGAUUUGCUUUCGAGAUGUGGCUGUGGAUUAUACAGUAGCUGGGAAGAACUCAACUGGUCUUUCUUAAGGAGUGCUCGCCAUCCUUUUGCACCACAACCCUGCCUUCCCCACGAAGCCAUGGACUCAGCCAACAACCUGACCGUGGACUGUUUCACUGCUAAGCUUAGUGGCCUACAGGUGGCUGUGGAGACAGCCAAUUUGAUUUUGGAUCUUUCAUAUGUCAUUGAAGAUAAAAACUGAUGUAAAGGAAUAACAGGUUUAUAUUACAAAAAAAUAAAUAAAAACUA